AUGAAGCAACUGGAACCGAUUGAAGAUCUGAUUGGAGAUGCCGAUGAGGGGAUGGGGUCAUCGUCGUCAUCAAUUCGAGAAGGGAAAAAACACGUAGGAAGCAGAAAAGGUUUGGUGUGGAAGAUCUGUUGCCGAGACCGGCGAUCCCGUUUUUCCAACGAUUUCGUUUCUUCCUUGGUAUUUAACCCAACAAUAGGACUGUGGGAACGGAGGGAAGACAGUAAUGACCAAGGGAGGGUGCUACGCGACGGUGGUGAGCUCGAAGGGUGGUAUGGGAGGUCGGGGUUGGUCGUAAUCACGAAGGGAAGAGCUGAGGGUGAGGUAGGCUACUACACCGUCGGGAUGGAGGCAGCCUCUUCUUGGCCGGUGGUGAAGAAAAACGAGAAGGGAAGAGAGAAGUGA